AGCAUCAAAUUGCUUCUAUUGUUUUUUCAACCAUCGGAUGUUUUAGCUUUUCAGGUAGUAAAUGCUAAUGCAUCAUUAAAACGUGUGGAGUAGCUACUCCUAGCUGAAGAGAGAACUCUAGCACCAAAUCCACCUCGUGAACUGGGACUUCCAGCCAUCUCAGUUAAGAAUGGAGAUUUUUCAUGGGAUCCAAAGUUGGCAGCUUAGUUGCAAUUAUUACUGGAACUGGAGAAGGGAAAACAUCACUUAUAUCAGCAACGCUAGGGGAGCUGCCUCCCAUGGCUGAUGCAAUGUUGUUGUUCGAGGAACAGUUGCUUAUGUUCCUCAAGUUUCAUGGAUUUUCAAUGCUACCGUACGUGACAGUAAACUAUUUGGAUCUGGAUUUGAAUUGGAACAAUAUUGGAAGACAAUAGAUGUUACUGAAUUACAGCAUGAUCUUGACUUACUUCCUGUCACGAUCUCACAGAGAUUGGUGAAAGGGGUGAAUAUUAGUGGCGGGCAGAAGCAUUGAGUUUCUAUGGCAAGAGCUGUCUAUUCCAAUUCGGAUGUCUGCAUAUUUGAUGACCCUUUAAGUGUGCUAGAUGCACAUGUUGGACGACAGGUUUUCAACAAAUGUAUUAAAGAAGAGCUGCAAAGGAAAAACCCGGAUACUUGUCAUUAACCAGCUGCAUUUUCUUUCCCAUGUGGAUCAAAUUAUUUUGGUCUCGGAAGGUAUGAUUAAAGAAGAGGGAACUUUUGAGGUGCUCUUGGAAAAUGGCAAGCUAUUCCAGAAAAUAAUAGAAAAUGCAGGGAAAAUGGGAGAGAUGGAUGAACAAAGAAAAGAACAUGAAGAAAAAAACUUAGAUGAAGAGAUCUCUAAAGAAGCUACUAAUGGGAUUGUUGGGAUGAAAGAUCUGGAAAACCAUGCAAAAAAGGAGAAAGGGAGGAAAUCUGUGCUUAUCAAGCAAGAACGAAGGGGAAACAGGUGUCUGUCAGUUGGAAUCUUUUGAUGAGGUUGCAUGGUGCAAUGUUAAAUUCAAUCCUAAGAGCUCCAAUGCUAUUCUUUCACAGCAAUCCAACAGGACGUGUGAUAAAUAGGUUUUCAAGGGACAUAGACGAUAUAGAUUGCCAAGUUUCCAAUUUAGUGAAGACGUUUCUCAGUGAAGUCUGGCAGCUCCUUUCAACUUUUGCCUUGAUAGGCAUUGUGAGCACAACUUCGUUAUGGACCAUACUACCACUUCUUAUAUUGUUUUAUGCCACCUAUCUAUAUUAUCAGAGCACAUCCCGUGAAAUAAGAUGCUUGGACUUCAUAACCAGAUCUCCUGUUUAUGCACAAUUUGGAGAAUCAUUAAAUGGUUUAUCAACCUUCCGUGCUUACAAAGCAUAUGAUAGGAUGGCCAACAUUAAUGGGAAGCCAUGGAUAAUAACAUAAGAUUCACCCAUGCAAAUAUUAGUUUAAAUUGUUGGCUUAGUAUGAGGUCAGAAACUUAGGAGGUAUCAUGAUUUGGUUGACAACUACCUUUGUAGUUAUGCAGAAUGGAAGAGCAGAAAACAAGGCUGCAUCUGCAUCAACAAUGGGUCUACUUCUCAGUUAUUCUUUACAAAUCACCAGUCUUUUGAGUGAUCUUCUAAGAGAAGCAAGUAGGGCCGAGAACAUCUUAAAUGCUGUGCAGCAUGUAGACACAUAUAUUGAUCUGCCUUGAGUGGUUUCAGAUAUAAUUUAGAGCAAUCGGCCACUGCCCAGGUGGCCUUCAGUGGGAUCAAUUAACUUUGAGGAUGUUGUCCUAUGUUAUAUGCCUGAACUUCAUCCAGUUUUGCAUGGAUUAUCCUUCACUGUUUUUCCAAGUGAGAAAGCAGGGAUUGUGGGAAGAACUGCUGCAGGAAAGUCAAGCAUGUUGAAUGCAUUAUUUCAGAUGGUAGAAGAGGAAAACGGAAGGAUCUCAAUAGAUGGUUGUGAUCUUGCUAAAUUUGGACUUACAGAUCUGCGGAAGGCUCUUAGUAUCAUACCAUUAUCACUGGUUCUUUUCUCAGGAACAGUAUGAUUUAAUCUUGAUCCAUUUAGUGAGCACAAUGAUGCUGACCUGUGGGAGGUGUUGGAGAGGGCAUGUUUGAAGGAUUUCAUCAGCCAGAAUCCUUUUGGUCUGUAUGCUCAGGUUUUGGAAGGUGGGGAGAAUUCCAGCGUUGGGCAGAGGCAACUUUUAAGUCUUGCUUGAGCAUUGCUGAGAAGAUCGAAGAUUCUUGUUCUUGAUGAAGCAACUGCAGCUGUUGACAUUAGGACUGAUGCUCUUAUCCAGAAAACCAUUCAGGAAGAAUUCAAAUCCUGCACCAUGCUUGUUAUUACUCACAGAAUAAAUACAAUCAUUGACUGUGACCAGAUUCUUGUGCUUGAUGCUGGUCAGGUUCCAGAACAUGAUACUCCAGAGGAACUGUUAUCUAAGGAAGAAAGUGCAUUUGUGAAAAUGGUUCAAAGUACAGGGCCUGCAAAUGCUCAGUAUUUACAUAGCUGGGUUUUUGGAUGUGAAGCGGGCAAGUUGGGAAGAGAAGAAACCAAGAGGUUGGAUGGAAUUAAGAGGAACUAGUUUGCUUCUUCCCGCUGGACUGCUGCUGCUCAGUUUUCCCUAGCUCUUAGCCUUACUUUUUCACGGGUUGAUCUUCAAAGGUUGGAUUUUGAAAAUGGGAAUGAUAUACUCAAGAAAACAAAAGAUGCUGUCAUAACACUGCAGGAUGUUUUGGAGGGAAAGCACGACACCGACAUAGACAAUGCGUUGCAGCAGUACAAAGUAGCAAGUGACACUUGGUGGUCAGCUCUCCAUAGAAUGAUUGAAGGUCUUGCUGGAAUGAACAGGUUGUCUCGGCAUACCAGGCUUCAACAACCAGAGUUUGAUUUGGAAGAGACCACUAGGUUGGGAUGAUUGUGAAAUGUAGUAGACAGUAGGAACUGGAAGUGUUAAUAGUUUCUACGCAUCAACUGAAAAUUUCUGUGCCACAACGGUUCUGUUAUAUGUAUUGAAAUCACCGGUUGACUGAUAAGAUGCUGAUACUUACCAUCUCUGUUCACUGGUGGCUACUGCCCCAUUACAUUGCGCUCCC